AUGUUUAUUGGGCUGCUGCACGGAUUCAACAAAACCUUCAAUGACGCUGAAGAUUUUUGUCAGACAUUUGAUGGACAUCUUGCAUCAAUUCACAGCAAUGAUGAGAAUCAGUAUAUUAAAGACUUAACAUACUCAAAGGAAUGCUUGACUUCGGUCAAUGGAUACAAUCAAGGAACAACUGUACUUGGUGGUCAACUAGCUGCAAACAACAAAACGGCAUUUUGGGUGGAUGAAACGGAAGCUGAUUAUACGGGAAUCACGUGUUAUCAUGGAGGAGAGCCGAACACUAUUUUGAUGAAUUCAUUCCCAGCUGAUUGUGGUAGAUGUCCGGAUGGGAUAUGCGCUGGUGAUUUGAAUCGCCUUCGCCCACUAAUUGCUAUUCUUUUCUAUCUAAUAUUUUGCGUGAUAUUCUCGGCAAAUCCUUCUCGAAUUAAAUGGAGGCCAGUGAUUGGUGGUUUUAUUCUACAAAUCUCUUUCGGACUUCUCGUUCUUCGUUGGCCAUCCGGUCAACGUGGUCUACACUUUAUUUCGAAUAAAAUUGUCGGAUUUCUCGACUUCACUACCGCGGGCACUAUUUUCAAUUUCAAUUUCAUAGCCUCACCACCAAAUAUUUGUGGAAUGGGUUAUGUUUUUUUCUUUACGAGUCUUCAAAUCGUUAUCUAUUUUGCUGUUUUCGUUUCGAUUCUCAAUUAUUUUCGUGUAAUCGAAUUUGUACUCUCAAGAAUUGCGGUGAUGAUGCAGUAUACAAUGGGAACAACAGCUGCCGAAAGUCUCAACGCAGUUGCAUGUAUUUUUGUUGGCCAGACCGAAGCUGCAAUUUUGAUCGGUCCAUCAUUGGGAACAAUGACUGAGAGUGAAAUUCAUUCUGUGAUGACUGCAGGAUUUGCAUGCAUUGCUGGUUCGCUCUUCUCAGCCUACAUUUCUUUUGGGGCACAACCAGCUUAUCUUUUAUCGGCCACUGUAAUGAACGCAACUGUUUCUUUGGGAAUCUCAAAAAUGGUUUAUCCGGAAAUGCAAAAGUCUCGUCAAAAAAAGGCGAAUUCUUUCAAAUUCGACACACAUAAAAAUAAAAGUCUUCCUCAAUUAAUGUACGAAGCAGCUUGUCAUGCGUCAAGACUCGUCAUUAACAUUGAUAACGCAAAUCUGAUUGUUUACAUUGCGCUUCUCGCCUUUCUCAAUGACGCCGUUGGUUAUUUCGGUGAUUUGGUUGGGAUCACAGAUCUUAGUUUUAAUAAGUUACUUGGAUAUCUUUUUUUCCCUUUCGCUUAUUUGAUGGGUGUUUCCGAUGUCGAAAAUCAUGAGAUACAAGUGGAAGAGAGUUUUCGAGUGGCUGAACUAAUGGGAAUCAAAACUUUUCUAAACGAGUUUAUUGCCUAUCAAAAACUCAAGGAAAUGGUUGUAGCGGGUAGUUUGAAAGGAGCAAGAGCUCAAAUGAUUGCCACAUAUGCUUUGUGUGGUUUUUCUAAUAUUUCGAUGAUUGGCAGUCAAUUGGGGAUUCUUGGAAGUUUAUGUCCGUGGAGAAAAGGGAUCUUUGCCAAGGUGGUGGUGAGAGCUCUUUUCAGCGGAUGUAUUUCAUGUUUCAUCACUGCUUCUAUUGCAGGAAAUGAAACGAUUAUUGAAACAGACGGUCUGCGAAAAGAGCCGAUUAUCACUCGACCAAUUGGGAAUCGGAUCACUGAAGGCAACUCUGAGGAACUACCAGAGUAUACCACCAAGAAGUACGACUCAUCAACCCGAACUCCAUCAACCGAUAACGAAGAAAUCAGCAUUGAAAGCUCAACAGGAGAAGAUUGGCAAAGCACAUCCUCUUUUUCAAAUUCAACAGCUUCCCCUUCUCAACUCACCACUACUGUGUCUUCUCUAAAAAAUCCUCUGAAAACUAUUCCUCCAUUUGUUAGUCAGAAGCAAGAGGUCAUUGAUAAAUGUAAUUCACUGGAGAUCGAUGCCAACUCGUGUCCAGUUUCCAUCGCAAAUGCUGACAACAGUGACUUCAACGAAACCGACGUUGUUGACGGUGGAUUUUCGGGUUUCAAGCCUCUUCACUACAAUGUAUCAUUGUUGGUUCGAAGUAUUCAAGAUCUUGAACUAAGUGGAUCUGUUCGUCUUCAUCUCGAAGCUAUCAAUCCAUCAAAUAAGAUUGUACUUCAUAUGGGCGAUGGCUUAAGAUUGGUCAACGAUAAAUCUCUGAAAGUGAUCUCUUGUUCAAAAGAAAAAGUGAUUUGCGUGACGAAUAUCCAUCAUGAUCAUCAGAAAAGUAUUUUGAGAGUCGUGUUGAGCGAAGAGGUUUCAUCUGGAGACAAUAUUCGCAUCGACAUCGAUCAAUUCUACUCAAAAAAUGCAAUCUCAUUGUUUAUGCAACGUCCAGGAUACACAAAGGCUCCAGAAAUGCUCGGUACACAGAUGCAAAUUGGCGGUGCUCGACGCAUUUUCCCCUCUAUCGAUCUUCCAACAUUUAAGAGUCCUUUCAUCCUUUGUGUCAGCCAUCCAUCAACUUUCAACGUUCGCUCAAAUAUGAAAAGGCAAAUCAACGAUGGAGACAGCAUGAAAACGUGUUUCGUCCAAACCCUGCCACUUGCCACUCAUCAAAUCGCAUUCGUCGUUUCUCAAAAUGCUUAUUCAAAAGUCUUCAACUCGAGCAGCUUUGAUUUCCCUCAAACUCCCGAUCUUGAAGUCCUUUUCUCACAGGCUGAGAAAAAUAUCAACAAACUUCUUGAAGCAAGAUGGCUUCCGGAUGAAGUGGCCAGAAUGAUCUCAACAAUGCGAGAAUGGACGGGUGUUGGAUAUCCCCUUGAUCGACUUACAAUUGCAUCAGCUCCUCUCAUCGGUCCACAUGGUACAGCCACCGGUGGUCUUGGGCUUAUUAUCCUUCCCGCAACUGCAAUCGAACACGAGAAACAUCUUCGAUCGCACACACAUUUAUUGAGAGCAGUGAUCGGUCAAUGGAUUGGUGGCAUUGUCGGACCUCGAAGCAAUCAUGAUCUCUGCCUUCAGGAAGCAUUGAUCGGAUAUUUGGAAGCCAAAGUGCAUGAAGAUAUCAAGAUUACUCCGAUUGUCAAUCGAACUCGAGUGAAGAGUCUUGCUGAAAUUGAAAAGAGCAAAAAUCUUGAAGCACGAAACACUCGAGCAUUGACUCCAGAACAGACAAUGCAUAUUUGUGGAGAGAAGGGAAUGACUCUUUUCUACAGUCUUGAUGAGACAUUUGGGCCAAAUACGGUACUUGGAAUGCUUAAGCUCGUUUUCGCUCAACACAGCUUUGAUUAUGCCAGUGCCAAUGACUAUGCGAAAGCUCUUGAGGCUCAAACUCGAUCGAGAACUGCUGGUGAAUUGUUGAAGAAAUGGUUUCGAUCUUCAUCGCCACCAAUUGUUCUUCUAAAAGUUCAAUCAAACGAGAUUAUGGUCACUCAACCCUCAUCGGAUUCCUGGGAAAUGCCAAUUGAAAUCGCUGGUUCAACUGGUGUUCAACUAAUCGAUAUCAAAGGAAAUGAGUCAAUUCCCUAUCAAUCAACAGAUUAUGUGAUUGCUGAUCCGAAAAGAAGAAGUGUCGCCUUUGUUGGAUAUGAUUUGGAAACAUAUUUGCGCUUGAUGAGAUGUUGGGAUGAUUCUCGGUGUCCGGCAAAUAAAGAUGAUCUCAAGGGACUUUUCAAAGAUUUUGGAGCACUUCUCCUCAACAAAUAUAUUAUGGACUCAAAUAAAGCAAAUGGAGGUCGAUGGAAGGAACUUUUCCAAUUUCUCGUCACUCAGAAACUUCUUCAAGGCGAUCAAGCUUGCUGUGCCACCUAUGCAGUCAAUCCUCAAGCACCCACAGAUGGACGAUGCUUCUUUGUGGUGAAAGAUGUGUGCUCGAAAGUGGAUCUUAUCGAAAAAGUUGCUCAUCAA